AUGUCUAUGCAAAGCGACACGCUGAUCCGCAUGGCCCUACUGGGUCCCAUGGCGGGAGUCGGCAAUGCUCCCGCGAUCCCGACGAACCGCGAGACACUCGACAUGAUGCUCAAGGAGGCCACCAGCAGCGACAGCCUCAAGGCCGUGGUCGAUGAUGUCUCACGGCCGCCCGUCGCGGGCUCCAAGUCGGGCAAGUCGCAGGCGGGCUCACAGCAAGGUAGCGUUGCGAGCGUGGACAGCGGGACUUCUCUAGAGCGUGCUUCCAGGGCCCUGUCUUUCGCUUUGGGUAGAUCGCUUCACAGAGCGGACUCGUUCUCCUUCGAUCCCGACCAGCCGGAUAAUGAGUACCUGAGGCAGAAGCUCAACCGGUCUCGGGCCGCGGCGGCGCUUAACAAAUCUAGCGGCAACGUUGCGUCGUAUCCGACUGUGCUCCGUCCUGGUGGUCGAUCUGCCCCCAAGGCGAAGAGCAAUUACGACGUUGAUAUGGGCUGGCUUCAUAGAUCUGAGCACAGGAGCUACAUGGCUCCCAGCGUGGUACCAUACUGGGCUCAGGGGGCUAUGGCUGGUGCUCCUAUUCCACCUCCUGUUCCCGCUACGCCCGUCGAGCUCGAGGACACCGGUCGCCGCCUGUCCACCGCUACCGUUAUUCAAAAUUGUCAGUCCACUCGGGCGUCCAAGUCCAAGCGGCGGAGGAGGAGCGGCGCUGUGGCCGCCAAGCCCGUCUCUGGUGCGUCUGAGGAUGGCCGCAGCGGCUACAGUGCCUACAGCACCCAGAUGCACGCUCACCCGCCGGGUGACGAUUUCCUGGGCGGCGUUGACCCUUACAAGCCUUGUACCAGCAGCAAGGCUUCUCAAAGCGGUGUCCCGAGUUCGAGGCCCCAGGCCAUUGCAACUAUGCAGGCGGAAGCCAAGAGACAGACUGUCACUCGAGUGAACGGCAAGUCAGUCCAGGUCGUCCAGGUUCACGUUGACCCCGCGACUCCGAAGACCAGAACCCCUGAGCCUGUAAAGGCUGCCUCUGAGCCCUGUCGUAAGUUGACCUACAUGGCGCCCAUACCGUCGGAAGAUAGAAGGAGGUCAUCCAUCAACGACGCGUUCUUCAGCGUGCUUAACAUCCGCUGCACCGGCACGCCUCCGUCACCUAUUGACGCCCCGGUCAGCUCUCUCACACCGGCUUCGACCACCCCUAGUCCAUCGCGCUCCAAUACGGGCACCUCCACCCUAUACUCUCGUACAACCCCCUCAGGCUCAAGCUCCCGCUCUCCAUCUCCGUUUCACGGUGACUACGAGGACAACUGCAACACCAAGCCCGACUUGAUGUUCAGAGCUAGCAGUACGUUCAUGGACACGAUGAACAAAGCCCGGGAAAGAAUCGGCCGGAACCCAGGGCAGAGCCUAGUCUUCAACCGGGCUAGUUGGCAGAUGCCCAUGGAGUCGGAGCCGAUGGUGACCACGCCGCUUCAGGCUGCUACACCCGCAGCUAUAGUUCCCGGGUCACUCGCCAGUCACGCUACACAGCUCACUAAUGAGAGAAGGUCGCUCGAGCAUGGUCACGAGGCACAGAGGAUUUCGGCUUAUCGGCCGGAUGUCAAUCCUGUUAGUGCUCCUGCCCCUGUUCCUCAACUCUCAGCGUCCCGGCAAGACAUCCCUGCUAAGACGCUUCGUGAGCAGGAGUUGAAUGAGAUAUUCACGCGCUCAUCCAACUCCAAAAAGCGGAAGAGCUUCUUCGCGCCGGUGUGGAUCGAGGGCCAGGACCAGCCGCAGCAGCAGCGCAAUGUCAAAGUCCAAGUCAGCCGGCCUGCAGUCGAGGAGAAGCCUGGGCCCCAGCCCCAGACUGAGACUCAGUCACAGCUGCAGUCCGGCUCGUUCGACGACUUCGACUUUGGCUUCGCCGCCUCUCCCACUAACACCGACAUCAACCGCAAUGAUUCACUCUUCAUCCAGCUAUCCUCCCACCCCACGUCACUGGGUUUAUUCAAGCCUCGGUGGAUUCGCCAACAUGCUUCUGCGCGCCAUUCUCAGAUGUCGAACAGCAGUAUCCUCGCUGGUAAAAAGAAGCAUCUCAAUGUCGAAGCUCCCCACGAUGUCCCUUCUAAGCGGGUAGAUGACCGUAAGGGCUUGCCGAGCCAUGGGUGGUUGAGCCAUGGCUCUGCUGCUACUUCUGCUAGUGUACAUGAACAGCCUGCGAGUCAUGGAAAUGGCCGACGACCACAGACUACGAUGGUUUGUAGUGUCCUUAGCGCUUCACCGAAGCCAAUGACGCCUGUUGAGCUGGGGAUGAGCGGUGGGAGGACGUUGAGGAGGACGAAGGGGGUUAAUGGGUUGAACAGGGGGAGUGGUGGGUGUGCUUAUUCUCGUUAA